ACUAUUGCGAUACCAUUGCGAUAGCGUUUUUCUUUGCUCGGGAAUUGCAAUUUAUUGACCAGCAUCCGCGACCAAACUAAAUCCAAGCCUGCGCACGCCCACACACAGACAUACACACGAAAUGAUGAGACAACAGCCGUCGAGUAAGCGAAAAAAAUCGGCAGACAUGCAGCUGCCCUGUGCUUGGCAAGAUUGUCAGGUAAUCUGCGAAGGCGAAUGGCUGCUCAAUAGCCACAUUGCAGACCAUCUAAGGGAACACCAGCAGGGCAAGCGCAAAUGUGUCUGUGUGUGGAACGACUGCAUCUUUCAAACGAGCUGCCGCCAAGAGUUCGAACGGCACUGCUACUACCAUGGCUACUACAUUAAUCUGCUGCUCCAGGGCAAGCAGGAGUGCGAGAAUCAUCCGGAGAUACCCGCCUGUUAUGCGCCGCCGCGCAGUGGCGAUAAGCUGCCGGAGCUUAAACAGAACUUUCAUUGCGGCUGGAGUGAUUGCAAUCGCUCGUUUGUAUCCAUUGUCGAGUUCCAGGAUCACAUAGUGCAGCAUGCAUCGUUCGAAUACGAGAUACAAAAGUCACCAGAUGACGAGCGACCCAAGACGCAGUGCAACUGGACGAUGUGCAACAAGUUGCUGGAGAACAAAUAUCGGCUCAUCGAGCACAUAAGCACACACUCGAACAAGAAGCAUGUCGCCUGCUAUCACUGCGGCGAGCUGUUCCGCACCAAGACAACGCUGUUCGAUCAUCUGCGCCGCCAGCCGGACAACAAUACCCAAAAGUUUCAGUGCGCGCAGUGUUUCAAAUUCUUUGCCACCGAGAAGCUAUUGCGCGGCCAUGUGGUCCGCCAUGUCAAUUGCUAUAAGUGCAGCAUGUGCGACAUGACAUGCAGCUCGGCCAGCUCGCUGACGACACACGUCCGAUAUCGACAUUUAAAGGAUAAGCCCUACAAGUGCACCGAAUGUGAUACACGCUGUGUGCGCGAAUCGGAUCUGGCCAAGCAUGUUCAGAUUGUCCAUUCGAAAAUGGUGCAUCAAUGCGAUCAACCCGGCUGUCAAUACUCUGUGCGCACCUAUACCCAAAUGCGACGUCACUUUCUCGAGGUGCACGGCAACAAUCCGAUAUUCUAUGCUUGCCAUUGCUGUGAGCGCUUCUUUAAGACGGGCAAAUCGCUAUCGGUUCAUCUAAUCAAAAAGCAUGGCUUCCGUUUACCCUCGGGCCACAAGCGCUUCUCCUAUCGCAUAGACGAGAACGGCUUCUAUCGGCUGGAGAUGACGCGCAUCGAGAGCCUCGAGGUAACACAACAGAUCCUUGCGCCCCAUAUCAAGCAGGAGACUGAUUUGAACAUCGCACUCGAGAGCAGCUGCUACGAGAUUGUCAAUCCGAUUGGCACCGAUUUCGAGCGUAUUAUCGUCUCCAACGAUGCCAACGAGGCACAUCUGGUCGGCGAGGUGACCAUCUCGUUGCCCAGCCUCAACGACGCAGACUUUUAAAUUUAGCCCAAAAAAACAAAAAAAAACCAACGAAAAACCGAUGCACUCGAAAGCCCACAACAAUAUUUAUGCGACACACAAACGGCUGUGUUCACAAAUGGUGCUGCUCCUUCCACAAAUGCACCACCGAGUACUCAUAGUCUUAAGCAUCCUUCCUUUGCCUUCCGUGCACCGUACGUAUACGCUUCCACAUGACCGCACCUUUAACACCAUUGCCCACUCUACUCCAGGGCCUGGCGGCAUCAGCAGCAGGAACAACAAUUGAUUCUCUUCUUCAUAUACACAUAUAUAUCUAUCUAUCUAUCUAACUAUAUAUAUAUAUAGCAUAUAGCAUAUAGCAUAUUGGCAUUUAAAACCUUUUAUGUAUUGCAAACUUCUAAAUCACAUUUAAUUAGCAUUAAGUACAAAAGUUAAGAGUUCGACAAGCAUUAUUAAUAAACCCAAUCAUGCACAUCACAA